CUCACCCAAAUUUUAGUCGAGGAUCGAGAUCGCACUGCGAGAUUUAGUCCGUCUGAGAGUCUUCGACUGAGAGAAAGAGAGGAGGAAGAAGAAGACGGAGCGAAAUGACGGUGUUUCACUUCUUCAACUGCGCCAUUCUGACGUUCGGCCCUCACGCCGUCUACUACUCCGCCACGCCGCUAUCGGAGUACGAUACGCUCGGUACUUCCGUCAAAGCAGCUUUGGUUUAUCUCGGAACAGCUUUGGUGAAGCUGGUUUGUUUGGCAACUUUUCUGAAGGUAUCUGACAAUGAGAGCUUCGAUCCGUAUCAGGAAUUGUUGAAAGCUUUAAUCGGUUUUAUAGACGUUGCUGGACUUUACUAUGCUUUGACUCAGCUGACCCACAGGAAUAUCUCUCAGAAUCAUAAAUUUCAAGCUGUGGGACUUGGAUGGGCUUUUGCUGAUUCUGUUCUCCAUAGAUUGGCACCGCUAUGGGUGGGUGCUAGAGGACUAGAAUUCACCUGGGAUUACAUUCUCCAAGGCCUUGAAGCAAAUGCCAAUCUGGUCUUGAGUAUAUCACUUGCUGCAUUUGGAUCUUUGAUGUGGCUUCGAAAAAACAAGCCUAAGAUUAUGAUUCCUUUAAUAUAUGUAUGUGCAGGAGUUGUGGCAACCAUGCCAUCUAUCACAAGCUAUCUGAGGCGAGGCCUGGGUUGGCAAUUUCCGGAUGUGGUAGUGUUUGAACUAGGUACCUCUCUAUUGAUGGCCCUCAUCAGUUGGCAGCUCUUUGCUUAUUGUCAGAGACCCUCUGCCCGAAACAACCAAUCAUAACCCCCCAACAUAUGACUACCAGUCAGAAAAGGUCUUCAGGAUUAGAAUAUCCUCUGUUCUCUGUUUCUUCGAAUGGUUACCCUUUGGUUUUAUUAUUUUAAAUCAUUGGUAUGUAGAGAUUAUUCUUUUAUCUAAUUUUGAUCAACAGACCUUUAAUGAUUUCGCAAUCUGAGAGCAUCAGCGUAUUUGUUGCAACUUUAUAUCAGUUUCUACUGGUGUACUCACCAGGAUUUUUGGGUUGAAGAUGGAGAUAAACGUACUUUUAUAUCGCA